GGGCCGCGUGGGCGCCGGGAUGGAGGGCGCCGAGGGGCGGGGAGCGGGCGUGCGUGUGUGUGCGAGUGCGAGGGAGGCCGGCCUUUAGUGUAACCGGAGCUACAAAGAAGGGGAGAGUCCGGGAGAGGGAGGAGCGGUCGCGACGCCGGGGGCAUCUCCGACACCCUCCCGCGGGGAAAGCGCCCCCUCGCAGCGGCUUCGGCCCCCCGACGCGGGGCCGCCCCUCGGCCCCUUCCCCUACGCCCGCGCCCACCGGGCAUGAUGAAGAAGAACAAUUCCUCCAAGAGGGGGCCUCCGGAUGGAAAUCAUCAGUCUGCACUGCCUGAGAAGGUCGGCUGGGUCCGGAAAUUCUGCGGGAAAGGGAUUUUCAGGGAGAUUUGGAAAAACCGCUAUGUGAUGCUGAAAGGGGACCAGCUCUACAUCUCUGAAAAGGAGGUAAAAGAUGAGAAAAAUAUUCAGGAGGUGUUUGACCUGAGUGACUAUGAGAAGUGUGAAGAGCUUCGGAAAUCCAAGAGCAGGAGCAAGAAAAAUCAUAGCAAGUUCACCCUUGCCCACUCCAAACAGCCUGGUAACACGGCACCCAACCUGAUCUUCCUGGCAGUGAGUCCAGAAGAGAAGGAAUCAUGGAUCAAUGCCCUCAACUCUGCUAUCACCCGAGCCAAGAACCGCAUCUUGGAUGAGGUCACCGUGGAAGAGGACAGCUAUCUUGCCCACCCCACUCGAGACAGGGCAAAAAUUCAACACUCCCGCCGCCCCCCAACUCGGGGACACCUAAUGGCCGUGGCUUCUACCUCUACCUCGGAUGGGAUGCUGACCUUGGACCUGAUUCAGGAGGAAGACCCCUCCCCUGAGGAAGCAACCUCCUGUGCUGAGAGCUUCCGGGUCGACUUGGACAAGUCUGUGGCCCAGCUGGCAGGCAGUCGGCGGAGAGCAGAUUCAGACCGUAUCCGGCCCCCUUCAGACCGAGCAAGCAGCCUUCCCCGGCCUUGGCAAAAGCCAGACAAGGGGGCCACCUACACGCCCCAGGCACCCAAGAAGCUGACCCCCACAGAGAAAGGCCGCUGUGCCUCCCUCGAGGAGAUCCUGUCUCAGCGGGAUGCUGCUCCUUCCCGCACCCUCCAACUGCGGGCCGAGGACCCUCCAACCCCCAUCCCACCCCACCCGGGGCAGCUAUCCCGAAUCCAGGACCUGGUAGCAAGGAAACUGGAGAAGACUCAGGAGCUGCUGGCAGAAGUUCAGGGACUGGGAGACGGGAAGCGAAAGGCCAAGGAUCCCCCUCGGUCUCCUCCUGACUCUGAGUCAGAACAGCUGCUGCUGGAGACAGAGAGGCUGCUGGGGGAGGCAUCAUCGAACUGGAGCCAGGCAAAGAGGGUGCUACAGGAAGUGAGGGAGCUGAGGGACCUGUACAGACAGAUGGACCUGCAGACUCCGGACUCCCACCUCAGACAGACCACCCAGCACAGCCAGUACCGGAAGAGCUUGAUGUGAGGGAAGGGGACAGGGCCUGGAACUUGUGGGGGGUGGACAGACUCUUAUCUCCAAUUGUUGCAGGAUAAAGCUUUUUUAUUUACCUCAAUCAAAAAAAGAAAACAAAAACACAAAUUUGUUGCCCUUGCUGAUGCCUGAUCCUCCUACAGCUCUACUUUCCAACCCUUCUUCCCUUCCUUCGCUCCCUCUUUCUGUUAGACCUGAAUUGCCUCAGGUUUGAGGUGACCCCAUAGCAGUAUUAUGAAGCAUUUGCUUGGAUGAGGAGA